AUGCCUCCAAAACAGCAAUCUAAAGUGGAUUUGGCAAAGAAGCAGAAGGUAGUAGAGGACAAGACAUUCGGACUGAAGAACAAGAACAAGUCCAAGAAUGUCCAGAAAUACGUCCACUCCCUCCAACAAUCAGUCCAGCCCAAACCUGACCCUAACAAAAUCAAUGCCAAGAAGAAGAAAGAGGAAGAGAAGGCAAAAGAAAAGGAGCUAAAUGAAUUAUUUAAAGUUGCUGUCAGUCAGCCCAAAGUCCCCGUUGGAGUUGAUCCAAAGUCGAUAGUGUGUGAGUUUUACAAGGUGGGACAGUGUGCUAAGGGUUUUAAGUGCAAGUUCUCACAUGAUUUGAGUGUCCAGAGGAAAGGAGAGAAGAUUGAUGCCUAUAGUGAUAAGCGCGAUGAAGGACAAGGAACAAUGGAGGACUGGGAUCAGGAGACACUGGAGAAGGUUGUUGCGUCCAAGAGCAAUGAAUACAACAAGAAUAAGCCUACUGAUAUAGUAUGUAAAUAUUUUUACCUUCGUCAUCUCUUCUUCGUCAUACCAACCAAAACCCAUACGGAGAUAGAAAAUCAGCGUGCAAAGGUUGCUACUACAACGCCUAUGACUCCGGAGUUAUUCAUGCAAUGGAAGAAGAAGAAGGUGGAAGAGAGAGAAGCUGGCUUGGCUGCAUUGAGGGCAGAGAGAGCUAAGAAUGACCGUAUGAGUGGCCGUGAACUGUUCUUGUCAGACGCCAGCUUGUUUGUCGAUGAUGCUGAGGCCUAUGACAAAUACCAAAGAGAAGAAGAAUCAGAUGCUCAGCAAAAGAUCAACAAAGAUUAUUCCACGGAUAGGCCAAAUUCUUCCACAUCAACUACACGUGAUGAUGAAGAUAUUCCUGAUAGUGAUGACAAUGCAGAGGAAGAGGAUGAUGAUGAUGAUGAUGAUGAUGAUCUCGACAUGGAUGAGUUAAAUGAAUUAGAAGCUAGCCUAUCAAGAACAACGUUACAAAUCAGAGAACCAGGUGUCAAUGUGUGA